CACACACACACACACACACACACACACACACACACACAUGUUGUGUGUAAAAUUUAGACGUUGGCUCACAUAACUACUUUAAUUUCGCUUUCUGAGCGUGCACUGAUAAACGUGGAGACGUAUACACAUAUAUAAACAUGCAGACAAACAUACAAGUGUCUAUUACACAUUAAUAAACGCUCGCACACGUACCUGUCGUAUAUGACACACCACUAUCUUCUACGCUGUUCUCCAGUCAUUCAGAUAAACAAAACAACCAACAACAAACAAACACUUUCUAAACAAACAAGUUGGGUUCCGGAAAAAAAAAACAUUUACGGCGACGUCGUAAUAAUAAACAAUCUCGCAGACAGCUACCAUGACCGAAGUGUGGACUAAGUUGUUUAAUAGUUCAUAGUUCAAAGUCCAUAAGAAAGAUACUUUCGUUGAACGUCUGAUGACAAAAACGGACGUUUAUCUAUAAAAAAUAAAAAAAUAAAUAAAUAGAAAUACAAGCGACAGACACUCUUAGUCUAACGGUCGAGGUAAACGGACUUACAUUACUGCUGUUCAGGCACAGGACAACUAUGGUGAAAGGCAACAAAAUGGGUUACUUGAAGAGUGUCCUGUUCUGGCUACAACUGAUGUUGAUAAGCGGUACAGGAUCUUUGCCCGUCGAAUACUGUCCCAAAUCAUGCGUUUGCAAAUCUGGAUUUACAUCUUGCUCCCGACUGAAUGCCUUUCCACUUGAUCUGCCUUCCAUAUCCAAGUCAGUCUUACUCACUGAAAUGUCAAUAGAGGAAAUCCCAGCAAAUGCCAUGCUUCGGUUCCCAGAUCUAACUCUGUUAAGGAUCGAAAACAGUGAGAUUCGUGUAAUCCGGAGCGAUGCGUUUAAGAACAUCUCUAAUUUGGAGGAAUUGUCGUUUUCUGUUUGUAACAUCGACCGAAUAGAAACGAACGCUUUCAACCAUUUAUGGAACCAGACUGUAAUCCAGUUUCAUAAUGUGACUAUCAAAACUAUAAAAAGACAUGCGUUUAGCAACAUAUUUAAUCUCAGAGAAUGGACAAUAUUCGAAUCGACCAUUCAUGAUUUCCAGACGGAAGCUAUUCAUCAAGUAUCCAAUGUCUAUACAUUCUCCAUUUAUUCUAAUCAGAUCGGUCGCUUAGGAACGGCCAUCUUUUCUUCCGUAACCAACGUCAGACAUGUUGAUUUUUUCAUGAACGACAUCACCGACAUCGGCUGCAAUGUGUUCGAUUUUUCGACCAAUGAGUUCUCCAACUUUGAGUUUUAUGGUAACACAUUCACAUGCGGCUGCAACUUGUUCGGUUUAUCGAAAGGAAAGAAAGCUAUAUAUUAUACUUCGUCGUCGUCUUCUACUAAACGAGACUCUCCCGUUAACAACAAGAUGCUUUCAAGGAGAGUUGAUUCAGCUGCGUAUAAUAGCAUCUCUCUUGACAAAUGGUCAUUUGACGAACUUCUUUACCGAAACUGGUGUGUUUUCAAAGAUUUAAAGCAGAAAAUAUCUUUGGAAAAUUACCGCUCUUCGGAUGAGGUGAUUUGCCAGGACAGCCCUUGUUUCUCAUCCAAGGGAUUAAAAAAAAAUAUUGACAUUUAUAGAUUGAACAAUCGGGAGCCUUCCAUACCUGUGGUUAGGAGCGGAAGUGUAAUAUUAUAUGGUAUUAGCACGUGUUUUACUUGGUCCUUAUUGUUGACAUUUGCUUGUUAAAGAAACGAAGUUAUUUACAACUUCGGUUUAAUGUCACGUCUGCCGUGCUUAAGACUCCAGUCCUUAACUUCUACAUAUGUUUUCUUAUUGAAUUUUGUUCUUUUUAUUUAAAGAAAAAAACAAUUUUCUUACAUUUCCCCACCUUUCCUUUCCCCAAAUCGUUACAACGCCCGUAGAAAAGAAAGCUGUAACCCUGUAAGCACUAACAAAUUCUUAUAACUCCUUUGUAUAACGAAAAGCUUUACUCACUUACUCAUUCUCUCUCCCUCUCCCUCUCUCUCUCUCCCCUCUCUCUCACUCACUCACUCACUCACUCACUCUUACGCGCUGUUCUAUCUAUCCGACUGGAUAGUUUGUUGUGAAAAGCGUCACAUCCGGCAUCCAUUACACUUCCAAUUUAUAUAAUGAAUACCGUGUAAAUAGCGUUGUGAAUACGAACCUCACAACUGUGAAUGUGUUCACGCGUGCGUGUGCGCGUUAUUGUUACCUUCAAUGUAAAGGUUUACAGAUUUGUUUUUGCUUAAAGACUGAAUGUUUAUGUUACCUGUUUGACCGUUUUUCAGUAAUUAACUAAAUGAGAUAAAUAUUGAAUGACUGCCAACAGAUGCUUCCCAGAAUGUUUCCAGCGGAAACAGUUGAUGGGGAAACUAUGAAAGAUGAAGCAUUUUUUGUUUUGUUAAUAAUUUAGUUUACAAAAAGUACAAAACAAAUAGAAAUAACAUACAUUUAUGAAUUAUUAUCAGCUAGUUUUAGAAGAGAUGUUAAGAUACUUUCCGAAGCAAGAAUUAGGAACUUUAUAUUUGCAUAAAAUGUUUCUAAUUAUUGCUGAGCACAGCGCAACGCGAAACCCCAUAUGCGUGUGCGUGUGUUUAGUGAAAGAGGGCGACAGACAUCGAUAUUUCUCAGUCACUUCCAUUCUCCAGAAAUAUCGAUGUCUGUCGCCCUCUUUCACUUCGGACGCGAUUUCGUUUCGCUUAGUUUUGAGAAUGCUGUUUUUUUUUGUUUUUGUUUUAACACGACACCUUUUUAAAGAAGUCUCAGUUGAAACACCGCAGCUUCGAGGUGUUUGCUUACACAUGUACCUUGUUUGUGAUAUUGAUUAUAUAUAUAUAAUAGUAAGAUAUAUAUAAGAGUUAGAUGUUUGUAAUUAGCAAUGUCUUCCAGUCGCUGUUUAUAUAUUAAGCCAACCUAUUGCUACAGCAAACAGGUACAUCCAAUAUGUUAACGAACUUUCAGCCGGCAAACGACGUUGAUGGCGAAACAACAUGUCCGCUGUAUUCGAUAGGAAUCUGAUCAUCUCUAUAUUUAUUUCUUUUUAUUCUUUCUUUAUUCAAGGACUCUAUUUAUUUAUUUAUUUAUUUAUCUAUUUAUUAUUAAAUUUUGUCACGUGAAAAAAUAUGAAAAAAAAAAACCUAUCUUCAAAAUAACUGAGAAUAUUUGAUAUUUGAAAACGCAUUUCUUUGGCAGACGGAUUCUCUUUAAAAUAUUAUUUCAUUGAAAUAAAAAUGUGUGAUGGGCGGAAGUUGCAGAUGGCUGUGCUGUGAAGGUUUCACACAAGCAAAUGUGAGGUGUUGUGUUACGCUGUACCCAAACUGUUCAUAAUCAAGAUACUUAACACUCAACGUCCCAGUCCACUAAGUCGUAAAUAUGCACCACGUGAAUGGAAUAGUUCAGUUAUGUAGGAGGCAAGGCGGUGCUGUAAAUAUGCGGUAACGACUCCACCCACUGUCUCCGGCUGAUGCGGUUAGGAGUCAGGUCACAUUUGUCUCGUAACCGAACGAAGAUGAUCACUAUUGGUGUAAACUUUUAAUAAUAAAUUAUUACAUUGAUUUGAUUAGCUAUCAGCAAUUAGAUCGAUUCUAAAAUGGAGAAAUAGAAAUAAAAAUAAAAGAACGGUAAAGGUUUCAUCGUCAGACUCAUGAAUCAUCGAAUACUAAACUAACAUUCUUGUUCGCUACUGUAAUUUGUAUCUUUUUAUCUGCACCAUAUAUUUAUAUAUAUAAUAUAUAUACUCACACACACGCACACACACACAUUUCAUUGAAUAGUGUUCUACAAAGACCAGUAAACGAGAGGUUUACAGUUGUUUAGUCGUACUAUAAAAUAUAAUACUAAACAACACGACCAUUUUCUUUUUGCUCCCAAUCACGAACUACGUCAAAUCUCUUUUAUUCACGUCUUCAUGACGUAACACUUAUUUUGAAAUAAGUUGCCUAUAUUCUUUAAUCUAUUCACCGAUUAUCUUAUUUCGAUCGAUGAAUAAUUUUAAACCUGUCAACUAUUUAUAAUAAAAGACAAAAUAGUGUAUUAUGUGUUUCAGUUGGUAAAUUCGAUGUUUGAAUAAAGGUGACCCAUUUUAGAACAUGCAUACCAUGAACAGACAGACUGUAGUCGCUUCUCAUUCAGUCAACGUUAAUAGAUUAACUAUUCACAAAAAUUGUGAUUUUAAGAUAUUAUUGUUAUAAAAAUAGAAUUAAACGCCCCGCCCAGUUAUAUUUCAUUCAACUUUCCCAGUCAACAAUCGGAGUGUCCACGAUACGUUAGAAACAGUUGUCAAAUCUCAAAACAUACUCUACUGUCUUAAAAAAGAAGGACACAUUGGACCAGUUCCACAAAAUAUUAAAAGACGGUAUUUUCAUGAAUGAACCUCAUUUGACCCUAGCUAGUCUUAUUCAGAGCUAAUCCGAGGAUAAGCGACAACUAUAUUACAGUUAACUUCUCCGAGGUCGAUGUAAUUGCCCCCCCCCCUCCAUCUUCCACCAUCUCCAUCACCCCACCCCCGUAAAUUUCUGACUUUGCUCUAAAAUUUGAAACUUCUUUUUAUAAACUAAAGCUAAGGCGGCGUUCUGACAGAAAAAUCAUUAGCACGACGGACAUAUGUGUCUCUUCUGUUUAUAUGCAUACGUAUAUAACAUACAUACAUUCAUAUAUAUAUAUAUAUAUAUAUAACAUACAUACAUUCGUAUCUCUCUCUCUCUCUCUCUCUCUAUAUAUAUAUAUAUAUAUAUAUAUAUAUAUAUAUAGUUCUUGGCUUUAAAGAUAUUGCGAAAGGUCUGGUUGGAGGCUCAACCCUCCAAGUUCUUUUACAGGGCUUAGAAAAACUGAAGGACUGCUGCAAUGAGUGUGAGAAUCUGAGAGGGGAAUAUGUUGAAUAAUAUAAUUAAUUGAUCCUCCUAUAUUUUCUUUUAUUUUUGUUUUCGAAGGGCAAAGUCAGAAACCAUAGUGGGUUGUGUUAAAUGGCAGCAUAUUUAGUUACGACCUUCUUCGUUCCGAGUUCAAAUGCUGCCGGGGUUGACUUUAACUAUCCCGUAGCCCCCACCCACCUCGAGGAUUGCUAAAAUGAAGUACCAAUGAUAUACUGAGAUCGAUUGGUCGAUUACAUUCCUUUCCCUACAUCAGCCGGUCUUCUGCCAAGUCAAAUCCCAUCUCUAUUAUUGUAUAUUAAGUAAAAUUUCAUUCAACUUUCACACCGUUGUACAUAGAUUACACAAAUAUUCGUCCGAUGAAUAUUUACUGUAAAUAUCCUUAUAAAUGUUUAUUAUAUAUGUUUUUUUUUUUGUAAUGUCGAUGAUGAUGGUGAUAUUUAAAUAAAGAAAUAUUUUAACUGGA